AUGGCCACGGAUGACUCGAGGGGGUCCGCCCUUUCCAAGCACUUGGCGGCCACGACCCUUCUGGGGUAUGGCAUUUUUGGGGCUGUUCAGGUUAUCUACCGCUUGAUAUGGGGUUGGAGGGCAUCCUCUCGAAUGAAAGGCCUUAUGAAAGACACGCCGGCUACGAAGGGGCCCGGCCACGAUGCACCUGCUGGCUGGCUGAAGGACCUAAUAGCCAAUCGCGACCGUAUUCACGACUGGCGUCUUGACAUUUCUCAGGGGCAACCUGUUUCCAAGAACCUGGGCUUCAGCUGGCACCCUGGGAUGAACAUGUUGAUCGUGAACGAUGCAGAGGUCGUGCGCCACAUUUUGAAGGACGAGUUCAACAAGUACACGAAGUCAGAGUUGAGGUAUGAUCCGUUCUUCUUCUACAUCCAGGAUUUCCUGGGCGAUGGCAUUUUCGUGGUGAAGCAUGGGGUAGGUUCCGAAGAUCGCGGGCAAGACUGGGGUAACAUGCGCAAGGUCUCUUCUCAGAUCUUCAGCCGGAAGAAUUUCAACUCCCUGAUGAACGAAGUUUUCAUAGAGAAGGCAGAAGUCUUGCGUCGUUUUCUGCAGAGAUCUCGAGAUGAAAAGAAGCAGGUGGACUUGCAGUCGUCCUUCUUCAACUUCACGCUCGACAGCAUCAUGCGCAUCUUCUUUGGUGAAGAGUCCAACACGGCGGUUGGUGUUCCGAACGUGUAUGGUAAGGCCUUCGACACGGCACAGGCGAACAUGCGGAAUCAUGCUGUAGAGUCUAUUGCGCCCUACCUCUUGUUCAGCACGUUCUUACCGUGGCCUUUUGGUGGCCAACAUGGAGGAUUAGCUCGUUGGCUUUGGGACCGUCUAUCCCGGAAGCACCGGGCAAUGAAGUCAGCAUGCCGAGUUCUCGAUCGGGAGGCCAAUCGUUUGGUGAAGAAGUGCCAUGAUGAUCCACAGCUUCCUGAGCGACGAGAUUUGCUGGCACUCUUUAUUCAGGCGGGUUUCAGCGCGGAUUUUGUGAAGCAGAUGGUCUUGCAUUUGAUCAUUGCUGGCAGAGACACCACGGCCUGCUUACUGUCAUGGACCUUCUACGAACUCACCCGGAACCAGGAUGUUCAGUCUCGGCUUCAUGAGGAGAUCAUGCAGAAGCUGCCACCAGGCACAAAAUUGGACAUGAAGAGCCUCUCCGCCAGUGAAAUGCCUUACCUGAACGGCGUGAUCUACGAAGCUCUUCGGCUGUGGCCUCCGGUUCCCUUCGAUGUGAAGAUGGCGUUUGAAGACGACGUCCUGCCCGGUGGCUGGAAAGUGCCAGCUUUUACACAGGUGGGUUACUGCCCCUACAACAUGGGCCGGGAUCCCAAAAGAUAUCCCGAACCAGAGGCUCUUCGACCAGAACGAUGGAUCCCCUUUACAGCGCCGUCGCCACACGAAUUCCCUGUCUUCCAAGCAGGACCAAGGGUUUGCCUGGGCAUGGACAUGGCCCUUUUUGAGGCAAAGAUUGCUACAGUGGAGUUGCUUCGUCACUGCCGCUUCGAGAUGGUAGCGGGACAGAAUGUCACGUAUGGCGACAAGAUUACCUUGGACAUCAAGAGCAACGGCAAGGAGGAGUUCCUUGUACAUGUCCGGGACUGGCUCAUGACAGGAUCGGACGGCUGGACCAGCAGCGAGCAAUCCGUUUGGCAGUCUCCUGUUGGCCUCCAACUCGUUGUCGAGUGCCUCCUCCGCGAACCUCCCUUUGCCGACUAUGUGUCGAAGAUGGCCCCACUGCCGCACCUCAACGCCGUCGGGAACUGUGGUUUUCUCCAGCCGAAUGGCGGUUUCAUCCCUUCUGCGCACAUUCACGACGAUCCUCGUGAUCCAGAUGUUUACCAGACGUACCAGCGUCGGACGAGGCGAUUCAUGGCCCUCAUUGAGGACUCUGGCUAUUGCACGCUGUUCCUCUACACUCUGAGGCUGCGGGACCUCUCCCAGCCGAAGCACUUCGUAAACAUUGCCCGCCGACUACCCGAGGAGGUGGCGCGAUUCAGCUCACUGCUGGAGAAGCGGUGGCCUAACUUUCGCUGGCGCCUCCUGGUUACUGUCCUCGGCGAGCUUCCAGAGACUCCAGGGCGUUCCGCCGAAAGCCCAAGAAGCGCUACAGGCGUGCAUCCAAAGAAUGCGGAGUGUCAACGACAGCAGCACUGA